GGGGUUUAAGAAUUAGGGUUUGGGGGAGCUGGAGAUUUCGGCCGGUACAUUUGAUCACCAUUGUGAUCAAUCACUCGGAAGGGUCUGAGGAAUAGUGUUUUAACGCAGUUAAGAGCAGAAGAUUGUGCCCAGAUUUGUGCGUAUUGUGUUGAAGAGGUGCACGGGUUGAUGACUUGUCCGGAGUUUGUGUACGUUUAGUUUGUUUCCGCGGAUUUGAGACAAUUUGCGUGCAGGGGUGGUUGUUGCGGCCCGGUUCGUGUCGACAUGGCUUUGUUUAUGCCGAAUGGAACGGAUGUGCCGGAAACGGAUGCCGAAAGGGCUGAUUUGGACGCCAUCCAAGCACUCAAGGAAAGCUCUGCGAUUGAGUACAAGGAAGAUGGUAACAAAUUCGUCAAAAUGGGGAAGAAGCAUUAUUCAGAUGCUAUAGAUUGCUAUACUAAGGCCAUUGGUCAGAAGAUACCAGAUACACUGCACAAUUCUGUGUGCUACGCCAACCGUGCACAUGUCAACCUGCUUCUUGGUAAUAAUCGGCGUGCCUUUGAAGAUGCACAAGAAGCAAUAAAAUUCAAUCGAGCCAAUGUUAAGGCGUAUUUCCGUGGUGCUAAAGCUGCGCUGGCUUUGAAGUUGAUACCAGAGGCAUUAGAUAUGGCUGAAAAGGGCUUGGAACUCGAUCCGUUAAACACUGAACUCAAAAAAAUUGGAGACCAAGCUAAAGCAAUACAUCAUGAGGAAGACGCUAAGAAAAAGCGUGAUUCAGAAGCCCUUGAAAAAGCCAAGAAAUUGACCGCAUUGUUGGAAGGAAGAACUGUUAACAUAGGAAAGGCGACCUUCAAUCAUUUAACAGAAGGCCGAAAGCCAUGGGUAGAUAAGAGCGCCAUGAUUCAUUGGCCAGUUUUAUUCGUUCACGCGGAAGUGAUGGUUUCAGAUUUUAUUGAAGACUUUUUUGAGAUGGAUACAUUCGGCGGACAUCUGGACAUCAAUUAUGGCGACGGUUCGCCCAGUCUACUUUGGGAUACAAGGCAUGAGUACACACGCGAACGGGUGGAGCUUUAUUACCUUUCCAAUGCUGCAAAACCUCUCUCAAAUAAACACGUUGUGCGCUGGCUGUUGGAGAAUGAUGUUGGACGACAAUUUAAGGAUGUGAAUGAUGACGAUGACAGUGACGAUUACAAGAAGCAGCGGUGGGUUAAGGUGGAUGAAAGGGCAACCUUACACUCAGUACUAUCCCGUCCUGACCAUAUUAUUUCAGGCAUUCCAGUGUUCUUUGUUGUUGCAACUGGAACAAGGUUCUGUAAAACAUUCCUCUCAGGUGGAUGGUCUAUUCCGUGAGCACCAAUUUCAAGAUGCACAACCAUUUGUCAUCAUCCAUUGAACCAAGGCGUACGUUCUCACGACUGCACAGAACCACUUCAAGAAGCUUCACGUGAUUUCGAUGGCUUCGGAUACGCUUCCUCUCAGCUUGUGAAGCUCACUACCUAGAGCAGCUAUGUAAAGUAACCUUUAGGCAUCUGCAUCCAUUGUUCUCAUUAAAUUGAAAUCACUGUACACCAGUGUGAGAAAGUUUAAAAGAAACAAAAAAACAAAACAAGAAGAGUGACUCAUCGUGCAUUAUGAUGGGAUUUGCAAUGUUUUCAAUUUAUUGAUAGCUAACUGAAGGUUAGGGGAAUAGCUAUACAGCCACUCGGAGAAACAGUAUUCUCACAGCUCAGUUGCUGCGGGUAUUCUAGAGCUCGACCAGAAAAGAAGGUUACACGCUGUAAGGGAACCUCGUUUCUGGGGUCUCAUUGUCAUGCGAUAUAUGCAAUCCUCGAGCUGAAGUUAAUCAGCAAGCGCAGUGUUCCAUCUCGCCAUCUUGCCAUCACACUAAUAGACGAGAGGUGUAACUCAUCUCUUUGUAAGCCCA